AAAUUUUUAAAUGGCAACACUGGAGCAAGUUCAUCCUUUUUCUAGAACAUCUCGAAUUUUAUAAAGUCGCUUCUCGUGUUGCCGGUGUGCUCAAAUUUAAUAAAAAAUUGUAAUUUCGUUAAAAAUUUCACUUAAAGAUGUAUCGUCUACCUAGCACUGUGCGCUGUGUGGCCCUACGCAAAGCCCAACAAUAUAAUCAAGUUCAAAGAUGGUAUGCCAAAGAUGUGAGGUUCGGAUCAGAGGUCAGAGCUCUCAUGCUCCAGGGGGUUGACGUCCUCGCCGAUGCCGUAGCUGUGACCAUGGGACCAAAGGGCCGAAAUGUAAUUAUUGAACAAUCAUGGGGCUCACCAAAAAUUACCAAAGAUGGAGUUACAGUUGCUAAAGGAGUAGAGCUUAAAGAUAAAUUCCAAAACAUUGGAGCUAGGUUGGUGCAAGACGUUGCUAACAAUACCAAUGAAGAAGCGGGUGAUGGUACUACAACUGCUACUGUUUUGGCACGUUCUAUUGCCAAAGAAGGAUUCGAAAAUCUAGGAAAAGGAGCUAAUCCGGUUGAAAUCCGUAAAGGUAUCAUUAUGGCAGUUGAGGUAAUAACAAAAACUCUAAAAACCCUUUCCAAACCCGUUACUACUCCUGAAGAAAUCUGCCAAGUCGCCACUAUAUCCGCUAAUGGUGAUAGUUCGGUGGGAAAUCUUAUUGCUGAUGCAAUGAAGAGAGUUGGUAAAGAAGGUGUCAUCACAGUUAAAGAUGGUAAAACUCUCAAUGAUGAAUUAGAAAUUAUCGAAGGAAUGAAAUUUGACAGGGGAUACAUAUCACCAUAUUUCGUCAAUACAACUAAAGGUGCCAAAGUUGAAUACCAAGAUGCUCUACUUUUAUUAAGCGAAAAGAAAAUAUCUUCUGUGCAAAGUAUAGUACCUGCUUUGGAAUUGGCCAAUGCUCAAAGGAAACCUCUUAUAAUCAUCGCCGAGGAUGUUGAUGGAGAAGCUUUAACCACUCUUGUAGUCAAUAGGCUUCGCAUUGGUUUACAAAUUGCUGCUGUGAAAGCUCCAGGAUUUGGUGACAACAGAAAGGCCACUCUCCAAGAUAUUGCAAUCGCCACUGGUGGUAUUGUAUUCGGGGAUGAUGCUAAUAUUGUCAAAUUGGAAGAUGUCAAACUAUCAGAUCUUGGACAAACUGGAGAAAUUGUAAUAACCAAAGAUGACACACUAAUUUUAAAAGGUAAAGGUAAAAAAGAUGACAUCGAUAGAAGAGCAGAACAAAUCAGAGAUCAAAUUGAUACCACCACAUCUGAAUACGAAAAAGAAAAACUACAAGAACGUCUCGCUAGAUUGGCUUCCGGAGUUGCGUUACUGAAAGUUGGAGGUAGCAGCGAAGUUGAAGUAAAUGAGAAAAAAGACAGAGUAACCGACGCUUUGAAUGCCACAAGGGCAGCUAUUGAGGAAGGUAUUGUACCCGGAGGUGGCACGGCUCUUUUAAGAUGUAGCAGCAGCUUAGAUGAAAUUAAAGCUGCCAAUAAAGACCAAGAAGUUGGAAUUCAAAUUGUAAAAAGAGCCCUUAAAGUACCUUGCAUGACAAUUGCUGCUAACGCCGGUGUUGAUGGAGCAGCUGUAGUAGCCAAAGUUGAGCAACAAAGUGGAGACUAUGGUUAUGAUGCUCUUAACAACGAAUAUGUAAAAAUGUUUGAACGAGGAAUCAUUGAUCCCACAAAAGUUGUUAGAACUGCAAUUGUAGACGCAUCCGGAGUAGCUUCUCUCUUGACGACUGCCGAAGCAGUAAUCACAGAAAUACCUAAAGAAGACGUUCCGAUACCUACUGGUAUGGGUGGAAUGGGCGGUAUGGGAGGCAUGGGAGGAAUGAUGUAAAUGUAGUUCUUUCCAUAAGUGGACUGUUUAACAGUUAAAUAAACUCAGUGAUUGCCUUGCAAAGACAAAGCAAAAGACGUCUGUCAAAAAAGUUCCAUUUUCGUAUUUGGCAGACAAGUGUGUGUGUGUUUUUUUUUUAAAUUAGAAUUUAUUAUUUUGAUACAAUAAUUCGUGUGUAGUUUUAUUAUUUGUAACACGAAUUGAAAAUUUGUGUGAAUGAGAAAUUAGAAGUCUCGUAUAUGGCGGUCGAAGGUGGUUUAUUUUUCGUAAAUGGUACUUUGAGUGUUGUUUGUGGAAUCCUCUUUGGUCGCCGAACUGAUCUGCAUUUAGAAUGUUUGAAUAUAAUUAUAUAAUGACUCUCAAAUGUACCUAUAUUGUUAUAAAUAUAUUGUUAUGUGACUUUUUA